GUGAUCGUUGGCAUCCCUCGCGUGGUCGUAGCAGUGGCACGACGAGGUGCACUUACUCCCCGUCCGCUUGUGUCCACACAGACCCGGGCUGGGCCCCGUGGACAUAGCAGGCCGUCUGUAUUAAGGAGAUGGAGGGAGGUGGAGCCCUUGGCCAAGAGAGCUGGCCCUUCUCCCGUCGAGACUGGCAGGCUUUCCAGAGCAAAAGUCCGGACCAGUGGGUACGCAUGAAGCAUUCUGAUAAUGUGACACUUGGGCUGCAGUGAUGUCGACUCUCUGUCCGCCACCAUCGCCAGCUGUUGCCAAGACAGAGAUUGCUUUAAGUGGUGAAUCUCCUUUAUUAGCAGCCACCUUUGCGUACUGGGACAAUAUUCUUGGUCCUAGGGUCAGGCACAUUUGGGCUCCAAAGACUGAACAGGUACUUCUCAGCGAUGGAGAAAUAACAUUUCUGGCCAAUCAUACCCUCAAUGGAGAAAUCCUCCGAAAUGCAGAGAGUGGGGCUAUAGAUGUAAAGUUUUUUGUCUUGUCUGAAAAAGGAGUCAUUAUUGUUUCGUUAAUCUUCGAUGGCAACUGGAAUGGGGAUAGAAGCACAUAUGGACUGUCAAUUAUACUUCCACAGACGGAACUUAGCUUCUAUCUCCCGCUUCACAGAGUAUGUGUUGACAGGUUAACACAUAUUAUCCGGAAAGGAAGGAUAUGGAUGCAUAAGGAAAGGCAAGAAAACGUCCAGAAGAUUAUUUUAGAAGGCACAGAGAGAAUGGAGGAUCAGGGUCAGAGUAUUAUUCCAAUGCUUACCGGAGAAGUAAUUCCUGUAAUGGAAUUGCUUUCAUCUAUGAAAUCACAUAGUGUUCCUGAAGAAAUAGAUAUAGCUGAUACAGUCCUCAAUGAUGAUGAUAUUGGUGACAGCUGUCAUGAAGGCUUUCUUCUCAAUGCCAUUAGCUCACACUUGCAAACCUGUGGCUGUUCUGUCGUCGUAGGUAGCAGCGCAGAGAAAGUAAAUAAGAUAGUGAAAACACUAUGCCUUUUUCUGACUCCAACAGAGAGAAAAUGUUCCAGAUUAUGUGAAGCAGAAUCAUCAUUUAAAUAUGAGUCGGGACUUUUUGUACAAGGUCUACUAAAGGACUCAACUGGAAGCUUCGUCCUACCCUUCCGGCAAGUCAUGUACGCCCCCUAUCCCACCACACACAUCGACGUGGAUGUCAACACAGUCAAGCAGAUGCCGCCCUGUCACGAGCACAUCUAUAACCAGCGCAGAUACAUGAGAUCAGAGCUGACGGCGUUCUGGAGAGCCACGUCAGAAGAAGACAUGGCUCAGGAGACGAUCAUUUACACCGACGAAAGUUUCACGCCCGAUUUGAAUAUAUUUCAAGAUGUUUUACACAGAGACACUCUAGUAAAAGCCUUCCUGGAUCAGAUUUUUCAUCUGAAGCCUGGAUUAUCUCUCAGGAGUACUUUCCUGGCACAGUUUCUACUUAUCCUUCACAGAAAAGCCUUGACGCUAAUAAAAUACAUAGAAGAUGAUACGCAGAAGGGGAAGAAGCCCUUUAAAUCUCUGAGGAACCUGAAGAUAGACCUUGAUUUAACAGCAGAGGGCGAUCUUAACAUAAUAAUGGCUCUAGCUGAGAAGAUUAAACCUGGACUACACUCAUUUAUCUUUGGAAGACCUUUCUAUACUAGUGUACAAGAGCGAGAUGUUCUGAUGACUUUUUAAAGGUGUGACUUUGCUAUAUUUUAUUGCAAUCCUGAUUGCGGCUAAAGUAGCUCAGUGGUAUAUAUGGGAACUAUUCCCUCAGGUCAUACCCCUAGAGUCAUGAUCAGCCAUGGCAGUUAAAGCUAGGUACACUACAGUUGUCACAAGAAGUCUGGAAAAUGGCAUCAGAUGCAUCGUUACAAGGGGUGCAUCUUUUCUUUGAUAUGCUUUUCUUGGGAUACAUACUUAUGUUUACAAUUACAAAAAAUUAUCACUCUUUUAAAUAUGUAAUCAUUAAAUAUAAACUGACCAUAUGACCAUAACUACUGUAACUUUUUUUUUUUUUUUGGAAACGUAUGGUUUACAUGCACCAAAGUGAAAUCUGGAUUAGCUUUCACUAAAUAAUACUGGCUGGCUUUCUAUCUCUUGGUGUUUCUCGGUUUAUGGGAUUACUCUAAUGCUUUUACAGUCAAGCGAAAAUUAGAGCAUCUCAGUAACUUCAGUUCCCAUCAUAAAAGGAAAGAAAUUAAUUCAAUGGUUAAGCUUCAGAAAUAAGUCUUUGGUGAAGAAUGCUUAAUUAAAAGUAUUAGAUUCUUCUUCAUGGGCUUUGCCCACCGUAUCAGUCUUUGGAAAUGUCUGUGAUUGUGAUAUGUAUAUUCCCUAUUAUGAUGAACCACAGUGGGCAUAUUGUUUAUUCAUUGUGCUCUAUCAAAGAAAAUAGAGGAAAUUGGAUUUUAUGUUUUAGUAGUUGUUGCCAAUUUCUAAAAUCAAAUUAAUUGUUUUUGAACCAAAUUGAAAUUUGUGCCUCCUGUGCCUUUUUUUCCCCCUCUUGGAAAAUAUAAUUACCUGGAAUAAGUUCAGAUUUUGCUAGUCCAUCACUUUCAUCUUGUUUUCUACUUGUGGUCUCACCUUGAGUUGGCAAUCACAAGGAACUCUGAAGUUACUAAAUUUUUUAGAGCACAUGCUAACUAUGUUAGAAUAUACGAAAAAAGAAAAUUUCCUGAACAGAGAAUGGUGUCAUACUUUCUUACAUUUCUGCCUGCUUUGUUGCCAUGGCUUUUUGCAUCAUUUAAGGAAGAGCAGAGAAACUUCACAGACAUGUAGUUUUACUUGGUGCUACCUUUACAAAAUCAAGUGGUCUGUUUCUUUUGUUUCUGUAAUAUGUUUGAGCCAUUUUUCUAGCUAUGAAAUAACUGGUGAAUGUGAUUCUGUGCUAGAAUAUAAUCUAUGUGUGGAUAUAGUCAUGCAAACAGCAUAAAAAUUAUUUGUAAUUUACAUCAGUGGAAGUAAGAUAAAGGAAAAAGACAUUUAUAAAAGGGAUAAGAGGGACAGCCCCAGAGCCCUUGGCCACCAAAUUUAGCUAGAAACUGUCUAUUCUUAAAAAUUUCUUGAACCAAGGUUAGAGACAUAGUACAGCUAGUAAAGUGCUUACCUUGCAUGCAGCUGACCAGGGUUCUAUCCCUGGCCCCACAUAUGGUCCCCUGAGCCAUCUGCGAGUGACCCCUAGGUGCAGACCAGGAGGGAUGAACAGCCCUGAAUGAACACCACUGGUAUGGCCUGAAAACAGAAACAAAACCAAACAAAAAUCCCUAUAACCUUUCACAUCACCAAAUAAGCUGUGACACUUCUUGACUUUUAGACUUAGACACACUGAAUCAAAUGACUGAGGCUCUGGAAUGAAAACAUUUAUGCCGUCUUUGGGACUCCUUACUCAGUGCUUUUUACAUCACAGUGUGGGCUGACAGUUUUCUUUAACUGGUUUAUUGUAUUAUGUAGCAUACAAGUUGUACAGUGAAAUAAGUUAUUAAAGCAUGUGUAAACACUGUUACAUAUCUUUAGAUGGAGAAUUUUGAAUAAAAUAUCUUUGAACUUU